CCUUGGCGUGAGCGCAUGACUACUCGCGUCUCUCCCUGUUGCACAAGACUGAGAUAAAAGAUGUCUGCAGGCAGAGCCCAAAUCGGACAGCCAGCCCCUGAUUUCGUAGCCAAAGCGGUGAUGCCAGAUGGACAGUUUAAGGACAUCAAGCUGUCAGACUACAAAGGAAAGUACGUCGUCUUCUUCUUCUAUCCCUUGGACUUCACUUUUGUGUGUCCGACUGAGAUCAUCGCCUUCAGCGAUGCAGCCGAUGAGUUCAAGAAGCUGGACUGUGAAGUCAUUGCUGCAUCGGUUGACUCUCACUUCUCCCAUCUGGCAUGGACCAACACACCACGUAAACAGGGAGGCAUAGGCGCCAUGAAGAUCCCUCUGGUGUCUGACACGCGGCACACCAUCUCAGCUGAUUAUGGAGUGCUGAAGGAAGAUGAGGGCAUCGCCUACCGGGGUUUGUUCAUCAUUGACAACAAAGGCAUCUUGAGGCAGAUAACCAUCAAUGACCUUCCAGUCGGACGAUCAGUUGAGGAAACUCUCCGUCUCGUCCAGGCCUUUCAGUUCACUGACAAAUAUGGAGAAGUCUGUCCUGCCGGUUGGAAACCAGGAAAUGACACCAUCAAACCGGACGUCCAGAAAAGCAAAGACUUCUUCUCCAAGCAGUAAUAAAUCCAAGACAAGAAUCUGCCAUCUGCUUUAGGAGGUUUAAUAUUUAGAUACCGUUGUUCAGCCGCUGUGACUGUGAUGCUGUGGUGAGGGGAUAUUUGUAUCACCUUUCGUCCACCUGACUGUAGAGAAAGACACUUACAUGUGACCAAAAUAUGAAAACGUGCACUCCGCUUGUUUUUUUUUUUAGCUUUUUAGUUUCUGUUUCACACAAAUGUUUGUGCUUUUAAACUUCUUUACAGUUACCCACAUUGAAUUAAACGGUGUUAUGGUAAACUACAUUUUUAUUUAUCAAUGUAAGCAAAACGUAUGAAUAAAAUAUUAACAUAUA